AUGAAUUUUAAUUGUUCAAUACAAGUACGACUAGAAGGUCAUGAUAAAUUGGUUGAUGUUGGUUAUUCACAAGGAACUUCUGUUCAAGCUGUACUAGAGAGGGCGUGUAAAACUUUGGGCAUUUAUGAUUCAUGGAAUUACGCUCUUUUCAGUGAACUAUUCAAAGAUUGGAUAUGUGAAUCAAAUUUAUUGUCUUCUCGUCCAGCUGAGGAUACAGUAAUAGUUCGUAAAAAAACACCUGAAUACAUUGAGCUUGUGUAUGAGGAAGAACAUCCAAAAAAGAGAAAUAAUUCAUCAGCGUCACUAACUCCAAGUUCCGCCACUCAGACUAAACGUAGAGGCGUUUUCAGUAAUACAAAAAUUACAAAAACCUGUCUAAAAACAAAAUUCCAAUCCGAUUCAAUCUACAUUUCUACAAUACUGUUCACAAGCGACAGUAAGAUCUUGCUGACUUCCAGCACAAGGAUGUUUCCAACCGUGGAGAUCGUACGUGAUAAUGUGAUCUAUGGUAAUUUUGAGGACGACAGUGAUGAAUUUGCUCACGUAUUAAAAACUUCUUUGGAUUGGGCCACUAAUAUACACAACAACAACCAUGAUAAUGAUGAAUCGAGUGACACUGAUUCUUUACAUUCCUCCCAUUCAAACUAUGAAUUUGAUAAUUUAAACAGCAACUACUCAAACCUUCAAAAUCAAUAUUACGGCGAUCAAGAUAGUACUUGGUCACGUGAAUUUGGCAGCGCUGCUUUAAAAUUGAAAAAUGAAUUAUCUCUGGAAACUUUAGGAACGUUGUAUGAACAUGUGGUAAAAAUGAGUUCGAUAAAAUCAAAAUUUAUUAUCACUGUACAACAUGUUCCAGACAAUUCAAGGGAAGACAUUGCUCCUGAUCUGAUAAAGUCUGGCAUUCUGAAAUGGAAAAAUUUCAAUGAGGCCAGUUCAAUUUACUAUAAAGAACCAACUCAUCCCAUCUGGACUAAUUUCAUUGAGAAAUGGUGUUCCAGGCAAACAAAGCUAUCCCCUGGUCUUUAUCUAGGCGUUCUAUACACAGAAAGUAAUCUACAAGGUAUAAGAAUUUUAGUUCCAAAAGAUCGUAAACAAUUUAUUCCUUUGGGUAAAAUACGUGAUGAAGCCACUAUAACUCCCGAGGAAGCCAGUUGGAUAAAAUCCUUAGCUUGUCUAAGUCAGGACUGUUUUAUGGAUUUGUCUACUUCUGCUGGAAAUGACGAUAAUAAGUCAAAUUUGGGUCAAUUUCAAUCUUCUUUCAUAGAAUCUUAUUUCAAAUUACAAAAAGACACUAGUUUGAUUUGGGAUUCUAGUGAUAUCUACAAUGAACAAACCAUAGAUAUUUAUUUGGAUCUACAGACUAAUCAAAUGUACACCAUGAUGGGACAUAAAGAGGGAAAAAGUUCAUUUAGAAAAGCUUCAACAUGUGGUGCAACUUCUUUGGGUGAAGAGACAGCACCAACAAUGACAUCCUCAAUCUCGUCAUUCAACAUUGCGAAUACAAUCAGACCUUUCAUACGUAUAGUUCUAAUAGUAAAACCCAUGCGUCAACCACAUCAAGUUCGUGAAGUCUACAAGUCUGAAUUAUGUGUAUUAUAUCCAUUUCCAUUAUACGAUGCUCUUCAACAUGCUACCUUUAACACUUCAUUAUACGCCUAUUCUCGUCGUUCAAUGCAAAUUCUGCAAGCGAGUCGUAUCUACUUUACCGGCGAGUUGGUGAGACUUCUGCAACAAUCAGAUACUUUUUCACAGGUAAACGAACAAAAUCUUGAUGAUUUUUUUUUUGAUCCUGAAGAGUAUAAAAGCAUGCCAGAGGAUGCAAGAAAAGUACAGCAUGCUUUGGAUAUCAUUCGUGACGAAAUUCAUAGUUUGAGACAACAAUGGAAUUCUGCUUCUUGGUCAAUGACUGCUAUUGAAUGGGAUCGUCAAAGAACUAUGCUAUCUUAUAAUUUUGGUGGAAGAUCAAUGACCCUAAACAUCUCAAAAACAAAUGGUCGUGCAUCUUCAAUCUGUCAUUUUAACAAUAACCAUAGCAAUAAUAGUGAUAGUCAUUCUAAAAGGUUGUCUUCUACCUUAAAACCAACAACGCAAACACAAUUUGAUACAAUGUCACAAAUUGAAUUUCUUAAAGAUGUUGUACAUCAUGCUCCUGAUAGAGCAUGGAAUAAUAUUUUCAUGUUAGGUGUUACAUUACCAAAUCUAAGUUCUUCUAAUGAUAUAUCAAAUAACGCCAAAUUGUCAAUGGAAAAGGGAAGUGAAAUGAAUGUUGAAAAGGAUUUGGAAGUUGCUUUAGAAACAAAUUCCAAUGAAUAUGAAGAAAUUUAUAUCUUUAAUAAUAAUGGUACCAUAAACGAUGAAACUUUAAAAGCAGCGCUUGAAUAUGAUUUUGAUUCGGAUGUUGAAAUUUCCGAUAGUAACAAUAACAAAGGCUCAAAUUUCAACACGACCAUGCCAUCCAUACCUUCAUCACCUUCAACGCCACAAUUUUCAUCAUCAUUACAAAAUACUAGACCUUCUACACCUGUGUCAGCACAUUUGUCCACAUUAUUUGAUGAAUUGAAUCAAAUAUCUUCCUCACAACAAUUGACAUUCGCCAAAUCACCUCCAAGAACUUUAUAUGAUGAAUUAUCACAACAUAACGCUACCUCUAUCAUCACACAAUCUAAAUCAACGUCACCACCAUCAUAUUCAAACACUCUACAAGAUUCCAAACCCCCAACUCCUCAAGUAUCACCACCCAAUUCUCCAACUUCAUUACCAAUUCCUACAACGACGACAACAACAAAAACGUCAUCGGCAUCAUCAUCAUAUGCUGCUACUAAUAAACCACCACCACUUCCACUUCCUCCAGAGUGGCCUGUCCUUAAGAAAACUAAGCGACAAGAACUUAAAAAGGAAGAAGGUGAUGGUAAUGAUAGUAUUCAGGAAAAACUCGCAUUCCAUCGGCAUACUAAAUCGAGAACAAAUGUUAAUGAAGGAUAUAGUACUGAUGUGAAAAAAAAUCAAUUUUCGCAAGGAGUCGCUGAUGAAAACAAGGUUAAUAAAGACAGGGUUAAUAAAGACAGGUUUAGUAAAGACAGGUUUAAUAAAGACAGGCUUAAAAACAAUAUUAACAAAGAUAGUAGAGAUGUGUCAUCAUCAUCAAUACCGUUAGCCAUUAAUGAAGGCUCAAUUAACAAUAAUAGUAGUAGUGGCUCAUCAAAUACUACCAAUUCAUCUCCUAGCACAAGUAAUUAUGAAUCAGUAAUAAAAGGUCGUAAUAGGAAAAGAUCAUUUGCAGAAAAAUCAGGAUUGAGGCCUCUCAAGAUUACAUAUGCCGUUACUGCACAUUCAAGAAAAGACGAUAAUAAUAAAAUACCUAAAAAAUCAGAAAUAAGAGAUUCAAAUGAUUAUUAUUAG